UCAGACUACCUCUCAGGGCUCACAGUCUCAGCUUCAGUAAGCCAGUGUCCGUGAUUCAGUGAACAACCGUCACUGGACGUAAGAACAACUGUUACAAUGAGUUAUUCGACUUCAGUUAGUGCCCAGCGCACAGUUGUUGUGAGUUCUGGUGGCUAUGCAGCGAAAAGGUCAAACAUGGCAAAUGAGGUCACAGUUCACCGGAUGGUGUCGUCGUCCACCACGUCAGCUGUCUUGAUCAACAUUGGGUAUCUGAAGACGUUCCCUGGCAUCCUCAAGAUACUGCAAAUUAUUCUGGGCUGCGUGAUUUGUGGCAUCAUAGGCCACUACAUCACGUGGACGAGGCAGGCGGACUUCUUGCAGCCUGAACUCCUGGUGCUGAUCAUAGCAGCGACCUGCCUGAUCACGACAUCUCUCCUGGUAUUCUCCUGCCUCUGCUCCAUCAGCACGGCCUCUAUAAUGCCCAAGACGCUCUUCGAAUCGAUGUACCACUUAGUAGCUGCAGGUCUUUACAUCAGCUGCUUCAUAUACCUUAUGGUUUUCCUGACCGGUAACAAACGUUACGUUGUAGAGUAUGAAAUGAAAAUCGCUGCUAAUGUUGUCCUGUUACACAGUACAUUGUCCUACCUUCUAGUGUGCUCCUCUAUUAACCUCCUGAGGGAAGUGGUGGCCAGGAACGAAGGUUAUAAAAUUUACGAAAGAGGCUACAACUCUAAGAUAUUUUCUGGGGCUAUAGGCCUAGUCAACGCAAUCCUGUACAUCAUAUCCAGCAUCUAUUCAGUGAGAACAUUCCGCCGGGGUUAGAUGAUCUCAAAUAAUUCGGGUGCACAAACUAUUCCUUACGGCACGCCAGUUCCCUCCAGGAUUUUGUAAACAGGUUUUAGAGGUUAUUUCACGCUAAAAACUUUAAUCUGCCUUUCACUGUGGUAAUACUAUAGUUGAGGUGGUUUGAUAAACAGUGAACACUACCCAAACGAAGGAUUGUGUUAGGUGCUAGCAAGUAUACUUGACUGUAGGUUUUACCUUUGGCAGCAUUUUUGGCGAAAGUAUCUGAAGCUAUAUUCAACCGUCUUUAGUAAACCAUAAGAUGGAGGUUGCAGAAGGGUUAAGACAAUUCUUGAUGCUCUGUCAUUUUUCAGAGAAUUCAGUCCAGUACACAAAAGCCGAUUGAAUUCAUCUCACAUGCUGUAGUGUCCUACACCUAUAGGAAUUGCUGAGAGUGCUCUAGGUCUAUUCAGAAUACUGUAGAAAGUUUUUAUACUGAUCAGACUUUCCGAAAGCAUUACAGGCUUAUCCUCUCAGCCUACAACACUUGCUGAAAUUAUUUCAGGCUAACUACGCUCUCAAAUGUUUAUACUCCUCUUCAGAAUGUUUCUCUUAGGUAGUGAUUAAGUUCCUUUUAAAAUGAUGCUAAAAUAAAGUGAAUGGAGGUAGACUGUAAUAUUACUGUGAACGGCCGCCUAGACCUAAACCCCAAGAAGAAACUAAAGGGUAGGAUUGUAGCACCUGUAAUCAUAGUAUUUAUAUUUUGUACCAAGAUGUAUUUACAGGCUGUUGUAGCUGGCCACUAGAACAGUUCUUUGUUGCAUUUAUCUUCAGCUUUCAUCCGCCGUUCUCCUUAGAAUUCCAACUUUCUGGGUGUGCUUGGAGCUCUCUCUCUAUUAGUGACGAAUAUGUUUAGUUAUAAGAACGUUGGUUAAUUAUCUUAGCUGGCUGGAUAAUUGUGUUGCAUGAGGCAUAGAUGUGAACACAUAUAGAUAUAUAUAUAUAUAUAUAUAUAUAUAUAUAUAUAUAUAUAUAUACAUAUAUAUAUUGUGCACAAGAGCUUCUUAGUUAAUUUAUAAUGAUACACAUGUAAUGAACAGUUUUUUCUAUAUAUAGCAUAUUUUGUAAACAUAGGUUAGAAGGAAAGUUAUAUAUUUUUGAACAGUAUUUUUGGACAGAAUAUUUCGUUCGUUUUAAACGUACGCGGAUAAGGAACUGUUGUAGCUGGCUAUUAAUUUAACAAUGAAAUGUAAUUAUAACAAUACUUUCAUCAAUGUUAGCCUUCUCAUAAUCCCUACUUAAGGAUUUUGCAAUGCUAUACGUGAAAUAUAUUUAUUGUAAUCCUUUCUUAAGAAAGCAGGUGAUUAAAAGAUAUAAUUUCAUUCUGCUGAUUCUGAGAAUUGUAUUUCUUUUAAUUACAUAAAAGUGUCCAUGUUUCAUUUUAUAAAAUAAAGUAUUCAUAAAUUAGAA